AUGUUUCACCUGGUUUAUCCUGCAGAGCAGCCAGCAGACCUAGCCUACACGACCGGAUGGCGAGAGCUCGAAUGUGACGAGUUCAUUCAAGAACUCAAAGCUUUCACAUCAACAGAAACGCGCUCUGCUGUUCAUUCGGAAUUCUUCCUCCUGCUCGAUAUCGACUUGAGCCCCAGCGUCAACUUGAGAACCUCAUUCAUCGAAUAUGCAAACGAAAAUGAUCUUUCGGAGAAAGAUGACGACCUUGUUGUCUAUGUUUUGCCUGCGUUUGAACAAAAACCGGACAUGAAAGUUCCAGAAGAUAAAGCGCAGCUAAUCAAAGAGAUCGAAAAUGGAAACAUUCGUCCCUUCCACAAUGAGACUUGUUUUCCAUGUCACAGGCCAGAGAAAUACGAGCAGUGGAAAACUAUGAACGGAGAAUUUAUCGCAUUUGAAGCACCCUGGGAAGAAGCUUGGGAGCCCUUUUACGUCGGCAGGAGAAAUCUUCCGUACUAUGAUGAGCGCUUCAAAGGAUUCGGAUUCGACCGGAUCCAACAAGUUUGUGAGCUGUACGUCGCCGGGUACACAAUGAAAGUGCUCUCUGAAUCUUUCGUCGUCCACGAUGACUGGAAGCGGCCCGCACUUGGCGGAGAAACAACGCCUAAAGAUAGCUUCAACUGGUAUCUUUUCAAUUAUCAUUUCAAAGAUGAGCUGCAGAGAAAAUACAACACUUCCAAGACUUGCAGCCCCCUUCCUCAAGAUAGUCAAAUGACUGGACCUCGGCAAGGAAAGCCGUUAAAUGAUAGAAAGGCAAAUGACGACUUUAAUCGAUACCAGAUCCAGCAGAAUAUGAUGGGCAAGCCAGUUGCCAUCAAGAACGAGCCACCGUUCACCAUGGAUGUGCCGUCAAAUCCACUGGCACUGCUGCCAAACCACGACCAUCGCAAGUUGAAGGUGCUCAAGUCACACAUUCGAACCUAUACGCAUGAUGAGCUGAAAGAAAUUUACCAAAAGGGUCUAUCCAACGACGGAAUCAUGAAAGAGUUCCGCGUGCCCAAAGACGACGACCUGACUUGGGAAUUCGACAAUUAA